AUGAAGAAAAACGGAUGGUGGGGAGUAUUCUUCGGAGUUCUUCUCUUUCUUAUUGGUGCAAGCUUGGAAAAUGUCAUAAACGAAUCGAAUAAACCCAAAAGUGAGGAAAUGAGCUCUUCUGUUAAUUCUUAUUGGGGUAUAAAAAAUGAGUCACAAUACCCUGGAAGGAAGAACAAAAUUUUGCAGAAACAUACUUUGUCCCCAGGAGAGGAGGGAUAUUGGAAGGAUAGCACACCCAGCGCUAAGAAUGGAAACGGAUCCGGGUUAUUUAAAAAGGAAGCGCUUAUCCAAUUAAGAGAUAGCAGAUUUAGAAGGAAGCCAUUGCGCUAUGCAUAUAUUAAAAGUAACGGUGAAGACAAUUUGGAUAGACAUCUGAGUAGUACUGAGAAGGAGGCAGAGAAUGACCAUAAUGAAAGUCCCAAUUCCUUUUUACAAAAUAUGAACGUUUCCAAUGUAGGCGAGAUUUUAGAUUACUUCGAAAUUGUAGGUGAAACAGGAGAGCGAGUCUCUUCAUUAGAGUCAUAUUAUGUGGACAUCUACACGUGCAAAGAAAUUGUGCGUCUUAUAAACCGUCAGACGUUAACCAAUUUUAGCGGUAACUAUAGGGGCGAUGUUGAGGAGGAAGAAAUUGAAGAUAAUGAUUAUAAUUCUGGGACAACAAAAGAUUCCAGGAUACAAAGUUUGUAUGAUCAUAUGAAACUCUCCAUGAAUUCCUGCCUUCCUCAAAAAGAUAAGCUACUAAACGAAAUAAAUAGCCUAGAACACGCACUGACAGAAGGUGACAAACCCGUAUCACAAGCAAAGAAUUCCACUACAUACAAAUUACUUAUAAAGGAGUAUGUAAAUUGCUUAGAAAAGGAUAGUGGAAAUGUUAAAAAGCAGAUAGAGGAUGUUAAGAAAAGCAUCAAAGAAGAAUAUGAAAAUAAAUAUUGUUCUAGUAAGUGCAAUUCGGACGUCUAUUUCGAAAGUGUAGAUGUGUACCUAUCGUACGUGAAUAAUAAUGCCGACACUAUGUAUAAUUCUAAUAUCAGCGAUGCAAAGGAAUUUUUAAAAUCUGGAACAAACAUUGUUAGCAUUAUGGAGAAAGAAAUAGCAUCAGAGAAUGUCAUAAGUUCUAUAAAGUUCCUACAAGGUGAAAUUAAUAACAUCAUAAAUAACUACAAUUAUCACAUAAAGAAUAUAAAAGACGCUAUCGAUAAUAUAAGGAAGCAUAAAAUAAAUGAUAAGUCUAGCGCCUCAGAUAAGAAAUGGUUGGUAGAGAAAAGUUUUGACUUGGCAAAAAACAUGUCCCUGUACAAAUUUAACAAUAGGAUGUUCAACAGGAUGAAAGCAUUGUACGAUUUAAAAACAAGUAAAUUUAAGAAACUAUUUAUUUUUUUAGCGGGGCAGUUGAAGGAUAAACUUAACUCCUUUGCUGAGACAGAGGCCUUUCAGGAAAACUACAACUCGAUACGUAUUGACUGCAAUUUUAUCUUGGACUAUGCCAAAGAUGUGUACAAUAGAAAUUUGACCAAGAUAAAAAAAUACAUAGGGAAUGAAAGUUUAAAAGUUAUCAUAGUCAGAAAUAAGGUUAACCAACAACUAGCAACGUGGGAAGGUCUGGUAGACAAACUAGAGGACCUAUCUAAUAUCAUAAAAUCGAAGUAUGUAAUUGUCAUGUCAGCGAAAUCGCUCAUUGGGGAACUGAAGAGUGAGUUCAAAACAGAACAAACGGGAGAGUACGAAUUCGAUGGUCUCAUAACAUUAAUGGAAAAAAUAAGUAUCCAAAUUAGCAGGGUGAAUGAAGGUGUCAAUACUGUAUAUAACACCUACUCCAUCGCUAAGGAUGUAGAAACAGAAAUCGAAAAAUUAGAAACUUCUAUCGAAGGGUACAUGAAAGAAAUAGAUGCUUUAAAGGUUAAGGUAUCAACUGACGAUGAUAUUGAAAAAGAAGUGGUGUCGAAAAUUUUGUUUAUAACGGAAAAUAUUAACAAUUUAAAAAAAAUACUCUCCCUGGAAGAGAAAGCGAAGGCAAAUAUUGCGGAAAUCGAUGAAUUAAUAAUGGGAACAUCAUUAGAUAUGAAGGAAAUUAUAGAUAAGAAAAGGGACGCUUAUAAUAAUAUAGAAAUGAUUAUUAAAGAUGUAUAUAAAGACAAUUUGAGGGAAUUUCUCAAACAAAUGUCUCUAAAUAUGGACAAAAAUAUAAAUUCUAUCAAUAGCAGUAGUUCUACGGACAAACUGGAUGGCGUGUUCAAGAAUAUAAAAGAUUAUUAUGAGAAGAUGAAAUCUAUGAAAUGUGAUCAAAUAUCAGAACAUUUGCAGAAUAUAACGAAUCUACUCAAAAUUAUUUCAGACACCAAGGAGGAAAUCUUAAAAAUCCAAUAUGAAGAUUUCAAUGGAAAAUUAACAAAAUCGUUAGAGGAACUUCAGAGUGUUUACGACAAAUUAAAACUUAGCACCGCAGAGUAUACAGCGGAAAAGGGGAAGAUUGAAGAAUACAAAAAGGUUAUACUAAAAGGGGAGAAAGAAUUUUUUGACAAAGGGUAUGAUAAGGAUGAUGAUAUGUUAGAAUUGAAAAGUGCUUACGCAAAUUUUUUCAAACAUAAGGAUAAUUUCCUCAAGAAAAGAAGUAAAGUGUUUGAAGAAUUCCAUAUAGCGAAAGAGGCCCUAAAAACAGCUAGGAUCUAUCUUAUAUCCUAUGUAUAUGUGCCGGAAAGAUAUAACAUUAUCAAUGAGGAAGCGAAUAAAAAGUAUAACGAGUUAAUAAAAGAAAUUAAUAACGAAGAUAUCGAUAUCAAAUUGGAAGAAUACGAAAUAGACUUCAAGAGGAACAAUAAAUUAUCCGAUAGCAUCAUAAAACAAGUGGACCAAUCAAAUAAAAAUUUGUGUAACCUGAAAAUUUUAAACAGGUCUAUUAAAGAUUGCUCCACGGAUAGCAAUAUAAUCGAAGAAUUAAUUAGCAAAAAUAAUUCACUAAAGGAAGAAAUCAUUUCCGAAAGAAACGAAAUAGAAAAAGACAAUUUCAUGGAUCAACGUGUGAAGAUAAAUUUAAUAAUAAAAUUAAACAACACACACAUCACUCUUGAAAGAAAAUUGUAUCACAAUUUGACCACCUUAAAGACACAAAUCAAAAAAAUUCUCCAUUUUUACACAAGUUCGAAGGAAAAAUAUAAAGACUUAAACGAAACGGACCUGAAGAAAAUAAAAGAAAAUGAAGAGUGGAAAAGCGCGAAGGAAUUGAUAUACGCUCUUAAUGUCGAAUACGAGAUAUUGAAGAAGCAAGCGGAUGAUCUGAUGAGUAGCAAAAACAGUGAAAUUAUAAAAUGGAUAGGUAACAUAAUAAUGGACAAAGAUAAAAAAAUAAAUAAAAAAGUGGAGGAACAUGUAAAUUCGUUCGAUGAACUUAUCGCAAAAUCAAAGGCGCCUAUUUUUGUCAGAGAUAUUAAUCACUACAAGUAUGAUGAAAAUAAACAAAAUGCAAGACACUUUAAUGCAGAAGUGGAAGGUUUUGUUGUGAAGAUCGAAAAAGAAAAGGAAAUGCUGAACAUAAUUAGAAGAAGUUCUAAUCAAUACUUGGAACAAGCAAAUCAAAGGAAAAGUGAAAAUAUAGAAUUCAAGGCCAAGGAAAAGGCCAUGAAAGAAGUUUACGAACAAAUUAGAGGUGUAUCAGAACAAUUGAAUGAAGCACUGAGGGAAAUACAUACAGUGACAGAUUUACAGAAGAUAGAAUUGAAAAUUGAAAAAAACGGAAUUCACGAUAUGGUUAAUCGGAUUACCACUGAGUGGGAAAUGUCUGAGCAUAAAAUGGAAGAAAUUAAUUCAUAUAAACAUGUCAUGGAUGGAAUGAAGAAGGAAAAAUCGGAAAAAGAACAUCCGCAUCUCUCUUUAUUUGUGUAUACCGAAUUUUACGGAAAAGCGAUAAGGAGUCAUAGGACAAUCAAACGCCUUCUUAACGAGGCUAGCUGGUUAAAUUGGAAGUGUGAGAAUAGCGAAAGUAUUAGCGAAAUAAAAUACAUUAAAAAGCAGAUUGAUGGUUAUUUGAGAGACAUUUUAACAAAUAAUAGCACCUUGCAUGAAAUGUUGGACCAUAUUAAAAAAAUGAAGGAAAUGAUGUUGGAUGGGAAUAUUCAAGGAAUUAUGCAUCUUGUGGAGAAGGAUGUGACAGAAACGCAAAAAUAUUCCACGUUGGUGAAAAAUGAGCAGGCAAAAUCAGAUGGCCUAAUUAAAGAAUUAGAUAAACAUUUCACAGAUGCAACGAGGUUAAAAACGGAGAUGAAUGAAAAUUUACCCCUCGAACGAAUCGAUGAAAUCGUGAAGAAAAUUAUGAAAUAUAAGGACGAAAUAGAACACCGAAAAGAAGAAAUGAAUACGUAUUUGAAAGAUUCCAAAGAGUAUAGGGAUAAUGCUUUUCUGUAUUACCACAACGCAUAUAGUAGAAAUAAUAGGCUAAAACAUUUGAAGGAAAGGAACGAAGAAGCUCCACUGGACAUUGAUAUGGAUAAAGUAAGCACAUGUGUAAACCAGUGUAUGACUCUAGCAAAUGACGCUGCGGAGAGUGAAGAAGAAAUAAAAAAGCUCGGUAAUAGCUAUGUGGAAUAUGAAGGAAAAAUGAACAGUCUCUUAAAUGACAUUUCCGUUUUGCAAAUAAGGAUCAUGUAUGCAAAGGGGAAGGGCAAGGCCACCAAUAUCAUGAAUGAAAUCAAACAAUUGCAUGCAGACAUCGAAGGAAAACUUAACGAAUCUGAAACAAAAUUAGAACAGUGGAAGAAGGAAUCCCAAAUGAAUGAAAAAGCAGAUAUAUUGAAUAAUGAAGAAUCCAAGAUGGCAUACAUAAACGUGAAAUUAAAUUUAGAACUAAUCGAGUCUAAUUUACUUCAGAUAAAAGAUAUAAAAGAAAUUGUGAAUAACAUUCUCGUCAAAUCGAAUAAUUUAAAUAGUUCCAUAUUAGGGGCGUCUAUAUCUGAAAAGGAUAACUCUUUUGAUGUCCUGAAAAGGGAAGAAAUGCAUUACAUACAAUAUUUGAAAGAUAUUGAAAGUGAAAAGAAACUCAUGACGGAUGAAAAGAGCAACGUGGAUGUAAUACACGAAAAUAUCCUUAAAAUAGAAAAUGAAUUGGAGAAAUGUAAAAGAAAUUACGAAGACGGCAUUUUGGAAAAAGCCAAAGAAAUGGCUGAUGAAAAGAAAAAACUUAUUGAGUCAACUAGGGAGUCGUUAAAUUCGCUCGAGUCGUAUUUUACCGAGCUGUUUAAUGAAUCAUAUUUGAAAGAAUACGACAUUAAGAAAAAAUUUAUAGAUUAUCAAAAGAGCAUGAAAGGGUUAUAUGACGAGUUUGAAGAGUCGUACAAAGUAAUCAAAAGGAAUGCUGCAAAUGUUGCAGAAGCAACGGUAGAGCAUAAUGAAGCUAGAAGACUAAGGGAGGAAGCUGAAAAAGCACAAAUAAAUAUUAACAAUAAGGAAGAAGCUGCAAAAAGGAAUUUAAGCGAAAUAAAGCAGCAUGAAUUUAUGAACUUUCUGUUUCAUACAAAGGAAUAUGUGGAUAAGAUUAAACAUGCGUGUGAACAAGAGAAUGCCCAAGUGGGCGAAGGACAUGCAGAUAUUGAAAGAAUUAUUAUAACAAUUCGAAAAUUAACAGACGAGAAGAGUACAUUCGAAACCUUCAAACUAGCAGAAGAUAAAGAUAACAAAUUAAAAAAGAGCUCACAUCAGUGUAAUAAAAAUGAGGCACAUAAUGCCUUUGGGAAGAUGAUAAAAGCGUCUAAUUUUAUGGGGAUAAAAAUAUUAACAAGCUCAGGAUUCGAGUUGAGCCCGGAAAUGCACCUAGGAACGAUUUCACAGCCUGAUUCAACGUUAAAUUUUGAAUGGGAGGUAGAAAUAAAGUCGGAAAAAGAUGCCAAAUUAGAUCCUUACAAAAACCUACAAGUGACCUAUGGAUAUAUUAAAAAAAUAUUUAAAGAUUCAGAGGAGACAGACAGGAAAAAAGGAGAAAUCGAAGGCUGGAUAAGGCAAGGGAACAAUGUAUGUCACAACAUUAAAUCAUCCAAUGAAUUAGAAGCUAAAUAUAAGUACACAAAAUAUAGAGGAAGCAUUACCUUAAAUAAAAUUAAUGACGCUUUGAGGAAGUAUAAUCAAUUGGACGCUAUGACCUGCAGCAUCGUGAACGAUAACAAAAUUAUGGAGAGCUCAGAAUUUACAAAAUUGAAGGAAUUAAGUGAUGCCUACAAUAAGAAGAAGAAUGAACAAGUAUACAAGUCGGAGAUCAACAAAGUGAAUGAAGAAUUUCAAGAUAUCAUGAAAAACGUAGAAAGCUUAGAUAAUAAAUUUGAAACAGUACAAAAACCUGAAUCAGCAGGCGAAAUAAUUAUCAAGGAGAACUCCGUACUUACAGGAAUUAAUAAUAAAAUAGAUAGCAUAAAUAGUAGAAUUACAACAAUUAUGACUAGUCUUAACGAGUUACUAGUAGCAGGAAUGACAUGUGAGAAAUCCUCUUAUGCUUCCCUAAUUGGUAAUAUAAAUGCCAAAGCGUUGAGUGACUUAAGAUUAAUAAAUAACCAAAGAGAGAACGCAGAAAAGUACGUAGAAUAUAUUAAGAAAAAUUUGAACUUGAUGAAUGAUGACAUUCGUGCAUUAAAUAAAUACUUCGAUACCAACAAGAUAAAUGAUUACCAGUCGAGAAAUUUGGAAGAAGUAAUUAAACACGCCAAUGAUUUAAAUGAAAAGGAAAAAGAAACAACAGGAAUAGUUAACGAUAUAAAAAAAGAAUCCAUAGACGUAAAUCUGGAGGUAGAAAUGAAUUCCUUAAAUAGCAGUAAAGAGAAAAUUAUGGGACAUUACAACAAACUGAAAGAUAAAAUAAAGAGCAUUAACGACGUUUACAAAAACUUCAAUUUGGUAAAAUUGAAAGAAAUAGAAAGUAGCUCAGAUAAAUAUUUAGAAAUAGAUGAGAAAUUUAAAAAUGUGCUCAAUACUCAAAUAACAAGAUUGUUGGACAAUCAUAGGAUGCUGGAAGAUAUCAGAAAAAAUAUAACAGAAACUGAAGGGAAACUGAAAGGUAUCAAUGGUAUAUACACACUGCAGUCCAUCCAAAACUUUAACAAUGUGUGUAAGAAUAUUGAAACCAAUAUGGAAAAGCUGCAUGUAGUAGAGGAGUCGAAUAACAGUGAAAAAAAACAGGUAGAAGCCUGUGUAGAAGAUGUUUCCCAUCUUAUAAACAGAGGAAAUACUUUGUUUACUGAUUUAAAUGAUUACGAUGUAGUAAGCAAUAAUGCGGCGAAAGAAUUAACUGAUGAUGCUACUCAAAAGUACAUUACAAAGAUUAAAGGAAAAGUAAACCAUACUAUGGAAGCAUUUCAAAAGUUGUUAGAACGUAUUCAGGAAAAUAAAUCGCACAUACAGAAGAAUGAAGAUAUAAAUAAAGACAUAUACGAAAUAUGGAAAAGAGCUAAUGAAAUUAAGGCAAGGUUCUCGGAAAAUUGUCCAGAAAAUGAUAACUACUUUCAUGUAGCGGAUUAUCUGAAGGAUAUAAAAAACAUUUUGAACGAAAUAAUGGAAGGUGUCAACAUAGAUGCAUAUAUCGAAAAGAUUUCUCACAAUAUUGAUAAACAAAUAAAAGAUACACAAAAUCAUCGUAGCGUGGAAUCUAUUUUAAAAGCCAAAAAAAAUAUUGAAUCCUAUAAUGGAGAGGUAAACAAGACAUUACAAUCUAUGAACACUGCUCAAGAUAAAAUUUUAUUAAAGAAAAAAGACAUAGAUAAUAUAUUUAGUAUUCUAUCUGUAAAUAUGAAGAGCAGUGUGUGUAUAAAUACGAAAAAAUAUAUUAACGAGGUGGAUGUUUUGUUAAACAAGUUAAAUGUGGAUAUACAUAAGUUGGAAAAUUUUAUAAAUGAUACUAAACUGAGAAUAAAGAAAUUAGAAGACGAGGAAGCUAAGCUCAAAACUGAGAAUGCUUCUCGUGAUGAGGAUGAUGAACCAUUAGGUGAGCUCGCACACGAUUCAGAAAAUUCACAAGAGUCAAAUGAUAACCAAAAUAAGCGUAAACGAAAUGAUGUAAGUAGCGAUUCGAAAGGAGAUUCUUCUAAUACCUCUCUGUAUAAAGUGGAUGGAUUAGAUGAAAAUAAUAAUACUGCUGGCAACCACUUUGAUGAAAAUCGGAAAGGAGAAUCUCAUAAUGAAAGUAAUAAUUCAGGCGGAAACAACUCAGGGACGAGUUUUAGAUAUGCCGCAGGAAUUAUUCUAGUAUUUUUUAAUUGUUCAAUGGCUGGAUUCGCAAUCUAUACAUAUAAAAAUGAUGAAACAGAAGAAGCCCAGUUCGUAACAGAUAGGGAGGACCUUGACUGGGAUGAAUGUUUUAAUAGACGAGAAGAGGAAAUCAUUGAAGUUUCUCUUAACUAA